CCCUAAAACCCCACAUUACAAUUUUACAAACACUUGGUGCGCUGCGAUAAACCUCACUGUAAAAAACAAAGAAAUCUGAUCGGAAAAUAUGGCGGCGGCGGCAGCGGCAGCGGCAGCUUCCGAAACCUAUAAUCAACCAACAGAAAGCCCGUCACCAAAAAUAUAUAUACCUGAGGAAUGGUCAAAUGCAGUUGACGCCAUAGCCAGUGGCUCCGUUGCUUUUCCAGUUGUUUUUGUAUGUGGCCCUAAGAAUUGCGGCAAAACUACUUUCUCCCGCCACCUCCUCAAUCUUCUUCUCCAGAGGCACAAAAAAGUGGCUUACCUUGACACUGAUGUUGGGCAAACAGAGUUUACUCCUCCUGGUCUUCUAUCACUUACUGUGAUCGAUAAAAUAACACCAGACCUAACUCUUCCAUGCUUGAAAACACCCGAGAGGUGUUAUUUCUUUGGUGACAUCUCCUCAAAGAGGGACCCAUCAGCCUAUUUGUCUUAUAUAUCGGCUCUGUACGACCACUAUCUGAAAGAAUACCGCACGGGUAACAGGACAGAGUCCGGUAAUAGAUCGAAAGGUUUCUCCAGAGAUUGUUCGUUGCCACUUGUCAUAAAUACCCCUGGCUGGGUAAAAGGUAUUGGUUAUGAACUAUUGGUCGACAUGCUAAAUUAUAUAUCUCCUACCCAUGUGGUCAAUAUUCGUAUAUCCGUCGAAAGCAAGAACUUACCUUCCGGAACUUUUUGGUUAAAUGAGGGGAAUUAUGAUGAUGAUGUGUCUGUUAUGGAGAUCAAUGCUGCUCUUCAGGAUCAUUUAAAGAGAUCGAUGCUGGUACAAAAGGACUCGGGCCUUUUACGAGAUAUGCGUAUGAUGGCAUAUUUCAAGCAAUGUUUUCCGAGUGAUAGGAAUAUGUCCACAAUUAAAGAACUUGCUAUUGCAUUAUGUGCUCUCCCACCUUAUGGAGUUGAUGUGUCGAGUGUCAAAAUUAAGCACCUUUACCACAAGGUUCCGGUGAACGAAAUUUAUCGAAGUUUGAAUGCAACUAUUGUUGGGCUGGCGGUUAGUUCAGCGUCUGAGAAAUUGCCUACUUGUGUUGGCUUGGGUAUUGUGAGAGCAGUAGACGCCUCAAAAGGGGUACUCUAUGUCAUAACUCCCGUUCCAGUGCAGAUUCUAGAAGAUGUAAACCUGUUACUUCAGGGCUUUAUUCAAAUCCCUACUUCUUUACUUCAGGCACCGGGUUGUGUUUCUCCUUACAUGUGCGCAAAUGUACUCCCUUAUAUUUAGGAGAGAUCAAAAUGUUGAGCGUUUUUGGUCGAGUGGUACUUUUCUCAUUCUUAUAGUGGGAGGUUCUUGGUUCAAUCCCAGUUAUGUGCGUGUAUGUUAUAAGGCAAAUCCCAAAAAAAGAACAGUUGGAGUAAAAUUCGAUCGACUCAAGUCUAAAAAUUACACAUUACUCGGGAUGUUUAAGUUAUACUAUUUGAUCGGCUUCGAUCUAGAUAUUUCUCCA